AUGAGCACUAGAGCAUAUUCUGCAGCAACACAUGCAUCUGAACGUCAAUUUUAUCCAUCGAAUGAAAUGAUUGGUUUUGAAAAAGCAUCACGACUUUUAAUGGUUGGCGGUGGUUGUCUAUUAAUCGUUUUUAUAUUUGGUAUUAUUCUCUGUCGUUUAGAUAUAUCAGCUGGCAGAAAACGCCGAGCACAAAGUUUUCAGCAAGUCGAAAGUUAG